UAAUUAUGCUGUCAGUCAGUCUCUGGGUCAACUCCGCAGUCCUCCGCCUGCGUCAUCACGUCAACAAACCUUGAUCAAAAGUUACUUGAGUGCUGUACCGAAACUGACAGGCCUUGAACAGCCUCAACGCUUCAGCGACCGUGUGGCCGACAUCAAGGCAGCCGUUGCGAUCGCCAUAACCCUGCAACCUUUCCAGCUGAAAGUCGACGAACUCGAUUUCACCACAAAUGCGUGCCUCCUUACAGGUGUAACACCCACAGUCGUUACAAUGCGACAACGUUCUGUGAUAUAGCAUGGCCGCCACCUAUCAUACUCGAAAUGGGCGCACAAGCAAAAGAGGUGCAUUUAUAGACGGAGUGUGGCAUUGCGACUGUGAACCACGUCUACCUGCCGAGAAAUUCCAGGUCAAGAACGGAGGGAGAAACCACGGAAGAUGGUUUUACACAUGUCAGAAGCCGCAGCACAAACGCUGCAACUUCUUCCUAUGGAGCGACGAUGCCAAAAUCCGCGAAGAAGCCGCUCUCUUGAGCAAUUCGCGCUCAGAACCACCUGCUAUUGCUCAGCCUCAAACUCCGCGAAAGGCAACUUCCAAUGCCAUACCCCCGACACCGGAGUCCAGGCCGAAGAAGAAUGACGCGGCUCUUCCGCCUGAAGAUACCAGUGCGCCGAAUCUGAAAACGGAUGAAAGCUUCGACUGGUCCUCCAGCAACGACGAGGAGCUGCUCAAAGCCGAGCAAGAAGUGCUGGCGCGCCAGCCACGCCAGCCCCUAUUCGAAACUCCCAAAAAAGCACCUCGAACAGAGUCCCAAACUUCGCCGGGCAAACGAGCGUUUGAUCAAGUAUCUGGCGCUAAUGCAGAAGCAUCCGAGACCAUUGGAUGGCCGCUGAGCGACGACGUCUUUGCCACUCCAUCCACAACGCAUAGGUCAGGCACAACUGGCCUGCUCUCACCCACAAAUACUCCUGCCCAAGGGCGUUCACAGACCGCCAAUCCACCCGAGAUAGAACCGUCUUCUCUCGCGAAUGAUGUGCUUGCUUUGCUGGCGGAUUCGCACAUCAGCCCCGAUGUUGAGAGAAAGCUGGUCGAACAUCUCAAUAGGUAUGACCUAUGAACUCAGGGUAUCAUCAAAGGUCGCGAUAUUUCCCGCCUCGCGGUUCAAGCCAAAGAACAAAAGAUUGCCGAACUGCAGGCCCGCAUCUCUCUUCUUGAGGCCGAGAAAGAAACAAAUAGAAGAGUCAUUGCUCACUUGAAACAAGACAUGGCGACUUCGCCAAGGAAGGGAAGAGGCAGAGGCACAGCUCGAUCGGGAUCGUGAACCUUGUUUAUCUAUCACCUUCCGAAUAACAACAACCCCAGAAUCAAGCCAGAGACUUAUGUCAAAUCUGAGCAACCACAGUGAACCCUCCCUCAUAAGUAUCGUAGUGGAUCUCCCUGCCGUCCGGCGAACUCACCAGCGCAUCGUUUGGUUUUCACUACGAUAAUCUUGCAAGGAGAGAAUGGUUCAGAUUCAGUAUAUGCUGGCAUGCAGGCAUGCAUCGUAUACCUUUGUCUUCACCGUCGAGCCUGGAUUUAACGUCGAUGUCCUCAUCUGGUGGAUGAAAGCAUCUGAGCAAGCUUGGGAAACCAUACCAUUCCACGUCAGAGAGCCCCUAAGGCUGAAGCAGAAUGAACCAUCAAGCGAUGGCUUUCUCGGAACAAUUACCGCCAAUGCUUUUGCUUUCUUUGUCAUGUGCAGUACUAUCUACCUACCUACUGUAGUAGGUAAUGUCUACUAACAGGGCAUGCAGCAUGCUAAACAGUGGAGGGAGGUCCCUGAACUACUUCAACCCAUCACUGUAAUUUGCCUUGCUUCAAUUAGAAAAGUCCGAGUUCAUGCACAAGGUCAGCUGGACGUUGUGAUACCGAAGAAAUCGCGUUUUGUCAGCGGUACCUAUGUAGAGGUAGCUACAGUAGACCUUUAUGUAUUCAAGGCACCUUCCUAGUUAGAUGUGGUAGGAUCCAUUACCUCUGUAGAUACACUGGCACUGGCAUACAUGAGGUUUCUUUAGGUACCUAUAGGUUGAAUUGAAGUGCUG